AUGUGGCCGAACGUGGCAGAUAAGAGAUUCAUACUGAUGAGGCCGAGUGAAGACGGCAUCAUUCUAUGGCUCCACAGCAAACGGAUCUGUAGGGGACAUCAGCUGAAUUGCAUUCUGACCACUCCAGCAGAUAUUCAGUACCUGAGCGAUGUAUUAAACCCUGAUCACCACAGGUCUGAACCCAUAACAUCGGCAAUUUCUGAAUCCCUGACCGGAGAGGAGCCGAACACUGACCUGCGGCCCGCCUCCAUAUCGGACUGUCAGACCCAGUAUGUUGAAGAAGAGAAAGUGAAGCCAAACGCUGACUCUGAACCACCGGGGAGGAUCCAUGCGGUCCCGAUCCACCAGCGUCCAGAUCUGCUGGUUCCCUGCGCCGACCUGGUGAACUCUGAGUGGCACAGGAGUCAGGCCGCCCGGGUUCACUCCCUCCAGAAGUCCUGUCCAGAGUUCCCCCUCUGCCUGGUUCUGCUGCAGGGCCGCUGGGAGUCGGAGCGGCUGCUGGGCCACGUCCGGCUGUCCCAGGUCGUGGGUCACUCCGGCAGCCUGUUCGUGGAGUCCGUGGUCGUGUCCAGGGCGGAGCGAGGGAAGGGCUACGGCCGGACUUUGAUGGAUGAGACAGAGCGCUACGCGAAAGGCCGAGGGUUCGAGCGCCUGUGCCUGACCACCCACGAUAAGCAGCACUUCUACGCUCACCUGGGUUACGUGCUGUCAACGCCGGUGCAGAACGCAGGCGGCAUGACAUCGUUCGUUCCCAUGGAGACGCUGCUGAGGUUCUCCCGGAUACAGAGCGACGAGGGGAGCACAAAGAAACAGACCCGGACAAUGGUGGACGCUCAAAUACCACAAGUGAACAGAGUCACUGAAGGAUCACCUCAGCCUCCUCCUCCCACUCUCCCUCCUCCACCUCCUCCUCCACCCUCCAUCCCACCGCCUCCCUCCAUCCCUCCACCACCUCCUCCUCCUCCUCCUCCUCCUCAGUCUGCAGGGCUCGUGGUUCAGACCUUGAACGAGACUCCCUACAGUGACGCCAAAGGAGUUCCCAUCUACUGGAUGCACAAAGACAUUUGAUGAACACACAAACGUAUAAACUCCACAGUGCCUACACCCACGUUAAUGUGCACAUAAACAUUAAGCACACACACCAUCCAUGGUCUCGCAGAUAAAAAGGAAACAAGUCCCAGAGGAAAUACAUCGUGAGGAAACCGUCAGAGACAGAAAUCAAAGACGUUGACAUUCAUCCACUCAUAUUAAACCGACAGACACACUCACAUUCAUGGCCACAUUCACACAGUCCAGGCUCGGUUAGAUCUGGUGGAAGUUCCCUCCAUGUUCAAAUGGACUCGACACAAAUGAUAUCGUGGUCUGCAACUGUCAAAACAAAACACAAGAUUUGAUAUUACAGUUCAAGAGGCUUGACUUUGGCUUUUCAUUAAAAAAAUUCUGCCUACAUUUUAAAACCUUCCAGUGCCUCUUGUGAAAUUUAGAAUUCAACUCUUUGCUCACUUAACUCCUUCACUUAAGGGUUUUACUGUUUUUGUUAAUUCAUGAAUACAAGAGUUUGAGACUGUUUUCACAUUCUUUGAGUCAGACACUGUGAGACUUGGAUGAACAGUAGGAACUAUAUAUCCUUUUAAAAGCCACUCACUGUCGCAUAAUGCAGCUAACACAGCUCAUGAGGAGGAAACUUUAAAUCUUCAGGACACAUGAGAUUGCUACUUCCCGUGAACACAUCUCUUUUUCAUUCAUCAGACUUGCAAAUUGAAAUGUAUUUGACGUUCACACAUGAUGUAUUUUUCAAUUGAGGAGAAGGGGUAGAUUUGAUUUUAAUCAUUUUUACCUGCUCAGUCGAAACAUUGAGAUAUUUUGAAAGUGUUUCUCGAAAGAGAUGGGCUCAAAAAUGUAAAAAUUGGUUUUCUCCCUGUGGGUAGUUGUUAAGCUAACUUGCACGCUGAGAAAUAUGUUCGUUGUUGAAUUCAAAUUAAUUAUUUCUAUCUUGAAACGAUCAUUGAACUGCUGCAUGCUGGGACAUCCUGUGACAUGUUGUUAUGCUCCACUCUGAGGUGGAAUGUGCCUUUUGAACUGCCAGAGAUCUAACGCCUUAUUUAAGUUUUUUAAGAUUUGUUAUAUUAUUAAACUGAGACAUUUUUUCCUAGGUGUAAAAAGAAUUUAAAUAAAUUUAAUGAAAUAUUUCUUGG